UGCACUCCCUGCCUGCAAGAGUGUCUGAAGCCGAAGAAGCCGGUGUGUGGUGUCUGCCGCAGCACCCUGUCGCCUGGUAGCAGAGCUCUGGACUUGGAAAAGCAAAUUGAAACGACAGAAGCCACUUGCAAUGGCUGCAAUAAAAAAAUGUAUCUCUCAAAGAUGCGUAGCCACGCGGCCUCCUGUCCAAAGUACCAGAACUAUAUAAUGGAAGGUGUGAAAGCCGUAACUAAAGAACCACUUCACAACACCAGGAACUUCCCAAAUCGCUUCACCUUUCCUUGUCCGUAUUGCAGCGAGAAAAACUUUGAUCAAGAGGGACUAGUUGAACACUGCAAGACAUUGCACAGCAUGGAUGCAAAACAAGUGGUUUGCCCAAUUUGUGCCUCGAUGCCAUGGGGAGAUCCCAAUUACAGGAGUGCUAACUUCAUGGAGCACCUUCAGAGACGACAUCGCUUUUCCUAUGAUACUUUUGUGGACUACGACGCUGAUGAGGAUGAUAUGAUGGCACAGGUUUUGAUGCGUUCUUUGCGGGACAAGUGAACCAAUGAGAUUUACUGCAAAACCAAGCUUCCAGGAGGGGGAAAUGCCCAGCACCCUUGCACUUCUCCCUGUACAUCCCAAGGUGAACUCAGGCGUCCAGAAAUACGGAAGACUUUAAUCCCUAUCUCAGUUUCACAUCC